CACCCGAUCCCCUCCGCAGGUGAGUGUCCGAGCCCCGGGCGCAGCGGCGGCGCCGCCAAGCGGAAGAAGAAGCAGCGGCGGAACCGGACCACGUUCAACAGCAGCCAGCUGCAGGCGCUGGAGCGCGUGUUCGAGCGCACGCACUACCCCGACGCCUUUGUGCGCGAGGAGCUGGCGCGGCGCGUCAACCUCAGCGAGGCGCGUGUGCAGGUCUGGUUUCAGAACCGCCGGGCCAAGUUCCGCCGAAACGAGAGGGCCAUGCUGGCCAACCGCUCCGCCUCGCUGCUCAAGUCCUACAGCCAGGAGGCCGCCAUCGAGCAGCCCGUGGUUCCCCGGCCCGCCACCCUGAGCCCCGAUUAUCUUUCCUGGACGGCCUCGUCCCCCUACAGCACGGUGCCGCCCUACAGCCCUGGAGGCUCAGGCCCUGCGACCCCGGGAGUCAACAUGGCCAACAGCAUCGCCAGCCUCCGUCUCAAGGCCAAGGAGUUCAGCCUGCACCACAGCCAGGUGCCCACGGUGAACUGAUGGUCGGCCCGCCAGGACCCAGCUGCCCGCCUGGUCUCACAACGGCAGAGAGG